UUUUAAUAAUAUUUUUUUGGAGUCUAUAUAUAGUGGCUGUUCCAUUUCACUCGGUACUCUGUUGUUGGUGAAGCUUCCUUUAUCUUCAUCAUUUACUCUUGUUCUUGUGCUUGGAAACCAAACGCCCAAGUGAGAAUCCUGAGGAGCGAGAUGGAAGGAAAACUUGUGAGUUCUAGAUUCAAGAGGGUUUGUGUUUUCUGUGGCAGCAGUACUGGGAAGAGAAACUGCUAUAGAGAUGCUGCCAUUGAGUUAGGCCAAGAGCUGGUGUCAAGGAGGCUGGAGCUUGUCUAUGGAGGUGGGAGUAUUGGGCUAAUGGGUCUGGUUUCUCAAGCUGUGCAUCGUGGUGGGGGGAAAGUUCUUGGGAUCAUCCCCAGGACUCUAAUGUGUAAAGAGUUAACGGGUGAAACUGUUGGGGAGGUAAGGCCAGUAGCCGACAUGCACCAAAGAAAGGCUGAAAUGGCCCGCCAUUCUGAUUGUUUUAUUGCCCUACCAGGUCCCAUCUCUCUCUCUUUUCUCUCUCCAAGAGAUACUAAUAUUAUACAGACAUACACUUUACCCUUUUUGUUCCCUGAAAAAUCAAUGGAAUUUUCUGUCACAUAUACCUUGGUUUCAGGUGGGUAUGGAACUUUGGAAGAGCUGUUGGAGGUCAUCACUUGGGCUCAACUGGGUAUUCAUGACAAGCCUGUGGGUCUGUUGAAUGUUGAUGGGUACUACAACUACCUUCUCACUUUCAUUGACAAAGCAGUGGAUGAUGGGUUCAUCAAGCCAUCUCAGCGCCACAUCAUAGUGUCUGCUCCUAAUGCUAAAGAGCUUGUUCAAAAACUUGAGGAGUACGUGCCUGUGCAUGAUGGAGUCAUAGCAAAGGCAAGGUGGGAGGUUGAGCAACCACCACAGCAGCAGCAGCAACAACAGGUGGGGUUCAAUGCCACUACUUUGCAGACUGAGAUCGCUCUAUAAAGAGAGACAUGUGAACAGAAAGAAGGAAAAAAAAAAGUUAGGGGAAAAGGUGCUUUAUUAAUCUCUUUGCUUUUGCUCAGAUUUUGGGUCAUAUACCAACCAAUGCCAUAAUGGAAUUGUAGGGUUCGAUUGACCAAGGGAGAUGCAGCCCAACUCCUAAAAAAAAAAAAGAAAAAAAAAAAAUCAGUUUGACCAAAAGAUUUGGGUCUUUUUGUAUGUGUGGUGGGAAUUAGAAAGGAAGGCCUAUCUUGGGUAUUAAAGCCUGUAUUUUGAACCUCGAAUUAUGUACAAAAAGAUUAUAUAGAAAGAACAAGCAGUAGCAUCCAAAAAACUAGCUGCAGCUUUAUUCUCUCCGUUUCUUUGCUGAAGAGCAUGCAUGCCUGGCUUGCUGUGGCGUGUUAUAAUUCUCUUUUUUGCUCUGCCA